AUGGUAACGAAUUCAAAUAGUUCAUCUCAAGAAAUGAUAAAAUUACCAUGUGAAUUAAGAAAAUUAGUUUGGGGAGAUAAUAUCGAGCAAUCAAUAUUUGAACGUUGGUCACAGAGAUUUCAAUUUUCUAAUGAUGAACCUUCUGCAUUAAUUCAAUAUGAAGGUGGUCCAUGUUCUGUGCUAACAACAGUUCAAGCACAUUUAUUAAAUGAGUUAAUAUUUUGUAAACGAUGUCAAUAUGAUUGGCGUCAAGCGUCAUCCGAUGAAAUUGAUCUACAUUUUUUAAAUGCUCUUGUUUCUAUUUUACAUUUAUUAUCACCAUCAAAUAAUAAAGUUUAUUUGGCAAAUUUUCAUUAUGAAAAACAAAAAGAUAAUUUAACAGUAAAUCAAUUUCAUGAAGAAAUAAAAUUUAAUGUAUGUCAAUCCAAUAUUGAUUUAAAAGAAAUAGUUUUUUCACGUCUUCAAAUGUGGAAAAAUUCAUAUGGUGUUUUACUUUUUCUUUAUUCAUGCUUAAUGACAAAAACAAUUGAUUUACUAAAAAAAGAAAUUGAUGAUGAAACAUCAUUACCUUUAAUUGAUAUUGCACAUGGACAUGGUAGUCAAUGUUUAACUAAUCUUUUAAUAACUGGUUUUGCUACACCACAUUGUUUUGAUGGUGACAAAGAUAUUUCUGGUUUAAAAUUAUAUGGAAUUCAUCAACAAGCUUCUAUUGGAUUUUUAUCAUCACUUGAAAUUUAUCGUUUAAUGGAAGUUGGUUGGUUCCUAAAAAAUCCUAAAAGUCCUAUUUGGAUUCUUGGAUCUGAAACACAUUUAACUGUGAUUUUUUCAAGAGAACAAGCUUUGGUUGAACAAGAUGAUGAAACCCCAUUGAAAAAAGCUUUAAAAAUAUUUCAUAAAUAUGAUACGGAAAGAAAUGGUUUUAUAUCAAAUUCACUUCUUGAACAAGUAAUUACUGAAAUAAUCGAAUCAUCAAUAAUUAAAAUAAAUCAAACAAUAAAUCAAUUAAAGCUACGAAUGGAUCCGGAUAAUUUACAAAUAAUAACUGAGUCAUCAUUUCUUAAAGAAUUAUUUCCACAAGAUCAAUAUAAACUUUCCAAUAGUACUCAAAUAGGACCAUUGAAUGGAAAACCAUUUAUUAUUUAUCAUUAUAAUGGUCUUCCAAGAUCAAAUAAAGAUAAAAAAGUUCUUUAUGCUUCUGCUCAAGCUAAUAUUUCCGACUAUGGCUAUGGAAACGAUACGCCUAUCUCUGCUGUUGCACCCGUUCAACCAGGAAGUUAUUUACCAAUAACAGGUGUAUUAAGAACAAAAUGGCCAACUAUUGAAUUGCAAUGGGACGAUGAGGCUAAACCAUCAUUAAAUUGA